AUGGAGAGUGAAUUGGAGCGUUUCAACCAACAGAACGGGGCUUUGGAUCUUAGCAUAGAGGAACUGAAGGAGAAGCUCAAGUCCACCGUGGGAGAGUUAAAGGCGGAGCGUCAGCUAAGACGCAACAUUCAGGCUACUGUUCGACGCUUUCGCAUUGAC